UCCCCAGCCUCUCUGCCCACCCAUCCUCCAUGUUUCUCACCCUCUGACCGUCUCUCUCCCGCCCAGCGCUCCAACCUCUGCUCUCGUUCUCCCCGCAGCCUGGCGGCCCGGUGCGACCCCCUGCAAGCCCCAUGCCGGCCCUCCUGCUCCUCGUACUCCUGGCCUCUAGCGCCGGCCAGGCCGGGGCGCGCCCGUCCAACGCCACGAGCGCCGAGCCCGCGGGCCCGCUGCCCGCCCUGCUGGCGCACCUGCGGCGCCUGACCGGGGCGCUGACGGGCGGCGGGGGCGCGGCGAGCCCAGGCGCCAACGGCACCAGGACCGGCCCCGCGGGCGGGGCGGGCGCGGCGGCCCGGGCGCCCCCUCCCGCCGAGCUCUGCCACGGCUACUACGAUGUCAUGGGCCAGUACGACGCCACCUUCAACUGCAGCACCGGCUCCUACCGCUUCUGCUGCGGCACCUGCCACUACCGCUUCUGCUGCGAGCACCGUCACAUGCGCCUGGCGCAGGCCUCCUGCUCCAACUACGACACGCCGCGCUGGGCCACCACGCCGCCGCCGCUAGCUGGGGGCGCCGGGGGCGCUGGGGGUGCGGGCGGGGGGCCAGGGCCCGGCCAGGCCGGGUGGUUGGAAGGGGGCCGGACUGGGGGUGCCGGGGGCCGCGGGGGCGAGGGCCCCGGGGGCAGCACAGCCUACGUCGUGUGCGGGGUCAUCAGCUUCGCCCUGGCCGUGGGCGUCGGCGCCAAAGUGGCCUUCAGCAAGGCGUCCCGUGCGCCCCGGGCGCACCGGGAGAUCAACGUGCCCAGAGCUCUGGUGGACAUUCUGAGACAUCAGGCGGGGCCUGGGACCCGCCCGGACCGGGCCCGAAGCAGCUCCCUGACCCCGGGGAUCGGCGGUUCCGACAGCAUGCCCCCCAGGACGCCCAAGAACCUCUACAACACCGUGAAGACCCCCAACCUCGACUGGCGAGCCUUGCCGCCGCCCAGCCCCUCCUUGCACUACUCCACGCUGUCCUGCUCUCGGUCCUUCCACAACCUCUCGCAUCUGCCCCCAUCCUACGAGGCUGCCGUGAAAUCCGAGCUGAACCGCUACUCUUCCCUCAAGAGGCUGGCCGAGAAGGAUCUGGACGAGGCCUACCUGAAGCGCCGGCCCCUGGAGUUGCCCCGCGGCACGCUGCCCCUGCACGCAUUGCGGCGGCCGGGCACCGGGGGCGGCUACCGCAUGGAGGCCUGGGGCGGCCCAGAGGAGCUGGGCCUGGCGCCCGCGCCCAACCCCCGGCGGGUCAUGUCGCAGGAGCACCUGCUGGGCGAUGGUGGCCGUUCGCGCUACGAGUUCACGCUGCCGCGCGCGCGCCUCGUGUCGCAGGAGCACCUGCUGCUGUCCUCGCCCGAGGCCUUGCGCCAGAGUCGCGAACACCUGCUGUCGCCCCCGCGCAGCCCCGCGCUGCCCCCCGACCCCACCGCCCGGGCCAGCCUGGCCGCCUCGCACUCCAACCUGCUGCUGGGGCCCGGGGGGCCCCCAACACCGCUGCGCGGGCUGCCGCCGCCGUCCAGCCUGCACGCCCACCACCACCACGCCCUGCACGGCUCGCCGCAGCCCGCCUGGAUGUCCGACGCCGGCGGGGGCGGGGGCACACUGGCCCGCAGGCCACCCUUCCAGCGCCAGGGCACGCUGGAGCAGCUGCAGUUCAUCCCGGGCCACCACCUGCCCCAGCACCUGCGCACGGCCAGCAAGAACGAGGUGACUGUCUGAGGCCAGGGCCGGGGCUGGGGGGCUG